AUGCUUCUGCAAUUAAAAGUUUAUUUGAUAGCAUUUCUUUACUUUCUUGGGGUUUUAUUUGUGAUUCUGUUUCCACCUCGGAACUAUGAACAAUCUGGCACCAAAAUGCGAAGGGUAAGAAGCACGGGCAAGAACAUAAAAUACACCGAGUACAUCGAUUACCAUACCAUGUUAGGAAUCGUAGACCAUAUGGCUGCCGAUGACACUGAAAUGGCGAACAUAAUACAUUUGACUCCGAGGACUUCGGGAAAUAAAAGCGUCAUAGCCCUUGAGUUACACAGCGAUGUCCACAGCAAGAAACCAGGGAUUCUUGUGAUUGGCACUCUUAAUGGAAUGACAUGGGCAGGGCCGAAUGCAAUUAUUGAAUUGGCCGAAAAGCUCCUUUAUGACACAAAUUACCAGACACCAUUUUUUAACGACUAUGAUUGGUACCUUAUACCGCUAGCUAAUCCAGACGCCCUAAAUUUCACCACGAGCCUUCGUCAUCUCAGAUCAGUGGACGCAACGGAAUGGUCGCGUAACAUUACGGCAAGGGCUCACACGAAACCUGCAAAAUGGCACAAAAAUGUUGACACUGAACCCGCCAAAACUUGCUUUGGAGUUAACAUCAAUCGAAACUUCGCCUACCAUUGGCAAGACGAUGUGCGUAAAUCACCAGACACGUGUUCGCAAUACUAUCCUGGCCCUAAACCUUUCUCCACGCCCGAAGCGAGGGCCAUAAGGGAAUAUGUUCACAAGCUAGCUGAUAUUGUACAUUUGGCAAUACACUUACAUGCGAGUUUUAUACCGAAAAAAGAAUUAAUUUUAUACCCCUGGCGAUACACGUCACGUCAACCCAGCAAUUAUCGCACUUCGCAAGAUAUAGGAGAGUAUGCUGCCCGACAAGCACGACUGCCAGACGGAAGAUUGUACGAGGUCCAGCAAGGCAGUAGCGACGGCAGAGUUGCGGGCUCCUUAAGUGACUAUAUUUCUGGAGUCGUCGGCACGGAGCUGGUUUAUCUCGUCAAGCCGUACCACGAAACGUUUCCAAAUUACACUGAUACCUCUAAAUUAGAAACAUACGUAAAGAAGUCUAUAUCUGCAAUUUUAGGGUUAGUACGCGGCUGGCGAAGUAGCACAAAACAGAACACACUUUCGUUCUUUGGCAAAGACGUAGAGUUCUAACU